AUGGAAAAAAGAGAAUAUACAAUAAACAUGAAGCAAGCUCUAGUGGCUGGUGGUAUAGCAGGAACAGCGGUUGACACAAUAUUAUAUCCAUUAGACACGAUUAAAACAAGAUUGCAAUCAAAAUUGGGAUUAUACAAAGCAGGCAGUUUUCGUGGAAUAUAUUCAGGAAUAACUAGUGUAAUAAUUGGUAGUGCUCCUGGAGCAUCAGCGUUUUUUGUCACAUAUGAAUUUUUAAAAAAAGGUUUAAUAAAUAUGGAAGGAAAUUCUAAUAAAUCUCAUAAUGAUUAUAAAUUAAAAUAUUUACCAUUAAUUCAUAUGGUUGCUGCGUCAGGUGUUCCAACAGAAGUCAUUAAACAAAGAAUGCAAACUAAACAAUAUCAUUCAACACUAUUUGCUUUGAGAUCUAUAUUUCAACAAGAAGGAAUCCAAGGAUUUUAUCGCGGAUACUUGAGCACUGUAAUCAAUGAUAUUGAAAAUAUGUGUAUAGACGAUAUACCAUUCACCUGCAUACAAUUCCCACUAUAUGAAUAUUUAAAAGUUUUUACUGCACAAAUUACAAACCGAUCAAAAAUUGAACCUUGGGAAGCUUCUAUUUGUGGAUCAAUAGCUGGAGGUGUAGCAGCCGGACUUACUACGCCUCUGGAUGUAGUAAAGACUCGUGUGAUGUUAUCGGCAAAAAAUCAAAUUGUUCAUAAUUACUCUGGAGGAGUUGUUGAUACAUUCAAUCGAAUCAUAAAAGAAGAAGGCGCAAGAAAAUUGUUCUCUGGUAUUGGUCCUCGUGUUUUGUGGAUAUCAAUUGGAAGAAUAAAAAUACCAAGAAUUGAUGAUGAAAUUUCAUCAGAAUCAAUAAAAUAUAUUGAUGAAUUUGGUAAAUUUGUUGGUGAUAAAUCAUUAAAAUCAAUUUUAUCAUCUUUUGAUAGAUCUAAAUAUUAUUUGAUUGAAAAAUAUUUUAACGAAAAUCAAAAUUUAAGUAAUGGCAACAACAAUAAAGUUUAUAAAGAAUUAAAGGUUAGUUGGAAAGUUAGAGAGGAAGUUCUAUCAGACACAAUUGAUAAAGCAAUCGAGUUUUUAAAAGAAGGCUAUGACUUGAAUAUUGUUAUAAGUCACAGUAGAAGUGUGAAUAGUAGUAAAUUGGUUGAUGUCAGCGGUGUGAUAGAAAAAAUUACAAAUGGUAUAAAAGAUUACGCUAAAGUUGAUGAAAAAUCAGUUGAAUGGACAGGUGGAUCCGUCAUUUUAAAGAUGGAAAAUAAAAUUGCACGCCAUGUAGAUAGUGGCAAAAAUAAAGGUGAUAUUGGGGAUGAAGAUGUUGGAAUCUAA